AUGGUUUGGGUUGCCGAAUUCGGCAAAGCGCCUCCACCUCGGACAAAGCGUCUUUUGAUUGCCAACUGGACCUUUCCUGAGUCUCUUCACCUCAAACAUCCAGACUGCGCCAUGUUCACGGCAUUUGUUGACGAAUCCCAGUCCCACAGAACUAAAAGUAAAACCAGAUUUACCCAACCAACGACGAGCCCGCCGCCCAAAAGGAGACAAGUGUCGAGGGCGUGUGAUUGGUGCCGCACACUGCGUAUCAAAUGCGAUAGCCGACAUCCUUGCAAGAACUGUGAAGCCAAAGGGCGACCAUGCAGCUCAAGGGGCACGAAUUCAGUGCGGACAUAUGCAGACGCCGUCAAAGAAAUUGAAAAACUACAAGGCCGCAUUACGCAAUUAGAGACGCAGGUUCACGCAAGAGGAACAGUGCCCCGAAGGAAUAACUUGGUCAGCACGCCAGUCAGAAUAGGCGAUAGAGCGCCAUCUUUACCUGAUUACCUGGAUCCACUACGAGAACAUGGCGGUAACAACAGACAUCUCGAAUAUAUCCACAUGCGAACCGCCCAUUCCCAUCAACGCCAGUCAUAUGGCCGAUCUUCGUCCUUUUACUUCAUCGGCCGGCUGAGUUCGUACUUGGGUGUGGCCCUUCAGCAACCAAGCUGUGAAGAUCUGAUCCAACUGGACUCUGCCAGCCGGUCGUUCUCCAGCCCCGUUGUUACGACAGGGAGGGCACCCAAUCGGACGCCUGUUGGUGUUUCCACAACGGACACGUAUCUGAUACGUUCUCAGGAAGAGUACUUUCUGAAUAUGUUCUGGACUACGUAUCACACACUUUAUCCAGUGAUAGACCGACAGGAUUUCGAGGAGCAUUAUGGUUCCUUGUGGACUUCGGAAACUGCGCGGUUUCCAUCGGCUUUAGUAGAUAUACUUGUUGCGAUAUGUAUGCAAUAUUCCGAUGCACUCAUGCCACAGGCAACGUCACCCGGUGCCCCAAUUAUAGGCAACAUUGAUUCAGCUAUUUCAGGCCGACGAUUCUAUGCAAGGUGUCAGCUUCUUCUAGCAGACGAGCUGGAAGGGCCAUCAAUGGUGACUUUGCAGUGUCACAUUUUCUCAGUCAUCUAUUUAUCAAAUGCUUCUUUUCAAAACACGGCGCACGGUCACCUAGCUUUUGCAAUUCGCACUGGUAUUAUUCUCGGCUUGCACUGGAAAUCACCAGAAAACCUUGCAGAGAAAGACAAAGAAUUCCGCAAGCGGCUGUGGUGGACGGUUUAUGCUCUUGAAAUGAAGAUGGCCAUGGAUCUUGGACGGCCCUUGGGAGUCAAUAUGUCUCAGGUGACUUGCAGUCUCCCAAAGGCACCACAGGGUCAUUUGUCUCCAGGAGUGAAUGACUUCACAUUCAACGAACAGUAUGUCAAAUUAAUACUGGCUGCUCGAUCUGUUUAUGUUAUAUUCCACAACAAGUGUGCUGAAGUCCUCGCUGAAAAUGACGGCCGGAGCUUGUAUAACGACCUAGAAGAGCUCGAGAAGGUUGCAGAAUGUGUCUCAUUGAGAAUGGAAGACUUGAAGACAUGGCAGCGCCAAGUACCUGACUUUAUAAAGUCCAAAAAGAUGAAUUGUGGUGAAACUUUUUCGACAGAUCGGUCUGCUUUAGACCUCAGAGAGCAGUUAUCGACCGGACUGAGUCGACAAGGGCUGAUGCUUGAACUCCUCCAACACAAUCUGGUUAUGAACCUAUACCGUCCCUUUAUUUGCUUUUCCAGAGUCGAUCCAAUCCCGUUUGUAGAUGCCAACGCAGCAGCUUGCGCCAGUUACGCUAUUACCAUAACGAACAUUAUCAAUCAGGUACUGACCGAGUCUAAUAUCCUGGUUGGGUUUCAUGAAGUAUUCCAGUGGCAGUGGAAUGCUGCAAUCUCGCUGAUUGGAUACAUUGCGGCAUAUCCAACUUCACCCUUGAGUACUACCGCUCAAAACUCCCUUUCAACCGCUGUGACGGUGUUUGAUAUCAUCGGGAAAAACCUGCUUAUCGCGUCGAGUGCCGCAAAGGUAGCGCGUGAUAUCUCAAAAAAAGUUGAGUUUCUGGUCAUUCUGUCUACUAAUAAUACAAAUACGGUAACUUUUGAUCCUGCUCUCGAAUCCUUGACAGGAGACUCGUUUCCGCAAGCGUUGGCGUAUGAGUCUUUUAAUAGCCUAGAGUCAAUCUACACUGGGUUGGGGAAUGUCUCCGAUAUAUGGAACUUUGGUGACCCCACCGAGUUUUUGUCUCCUUGGAUGACAGAUCCAGACACAGAGUUUCAGGAUAUGAGUGCUACCGGGGACUUUCUCCAAAGUUGA